AUGAGCCUGAUCCUGCCCUCUCCGGUGCCGUCCCAGCCACAGCUCACAGGACCGAACUCGGCUCCACGAACGAAGAGCAUUUGGAGUUCAAGAAGGCUUUGUACAGAACGGAUGCCAGGAGCUCCCUAGACCUGCGAAACAUGACCGUGUCCGGCAGCGUGACCUGGGACACCUCCGCCCUGGAGACGAGAGCGGGCGAUGGGAGAGAAGAAAGCACUUUAGAGAGACUCUCUGGCUUGAAGGACUCGAAGGACGCGCGGUGCGUAAAGGAGUCGGCGUUCGCCGUGGAGCCCCAGGUUGUAAAUACGGUGCAGGUGGAUCCUGAGCAGCUGGAGAGCGACUCCGAGGAGCUGGAUGGUGGCAAGGCGGCAGCAGAGACGCCCAGCCCUUGCGCCGGGGCGUCGGUUGGCAGCGGGGAAGAGAAAUACCUUAAAAAUGAACCAAAGCAACUUGAAGGCCUCAGCAAAGAGCAUUUAGAGAAAAGCAAGAGGGGAAUCCAGAGGGUCGACUGGAUUUCUAGACCCAACAAAAGCCCGAGUCCUCACUACAAAGACAUAAGCAAGCCGACAGAUGUAGCAACCAACCUGCCCUUUCGGGGACAGUCCGUGCGUGAAGUGCCUCCUCCGCUGACUCCGACGGUGUUCAGAAAAACGCUAAACCCUGUCCUCGGCAAGUCCAAGUCCCUGGAGAGCUCCUCGUCCCACAGGAAGGGGAUGAUGGUCGACUCGGACUUGGGCGAGAUCAACCCGCUCAACGCGGCCGAGUGGACGAUCCAGAAGCCGAGUCUUCAGCUCGGCGCUGACCUCGCCGUCGGCAAACAACGCCCCAAGGACGCGGGGGAGCGCCUGCCGUUGAUGUCUCUGGAGCCCGCUCCCUGCAGCUCCUACGACAUCGAGAUGAGGCCCUACGUGUGCAGCGUCUUGUUGGAAGAGCAGGGGAAAGAGGAGCUGGGUCCGGAGGAGGACCCUACGGUGUACACCUGCAUCGAGUGCAGCAUUUACUUCAAGAAGAAGGAACAUCUGAUGGAUCACAUGCUUCAGCAUAACCGCGGACCAGGGAGGGACCAAGACAGAGAUGCUUUGGGAGGGCAGUGUCAGUUCUGCUGCAACGAGUGCGGAUGGGCCUUUGGAGACCCCACGUCUCUGGAGCAGCACAAGAGGCUCCACCAAGAGUCUAGGGAAAAAAUCAUCGAAGAGAUCCAGAAGUUGAACGAGUUUCCAGACGAAGGCCGGGAAGCCCGGCUACAGUGCCCCAAGUGUGUGUUUGGCACAAACUCCUCCAAGAUCUUUGUCCAGCACGCCAAGAUGCACGUCAAGGAGAGGAAGGACCAAGGGGCAAAGAACAUGAAUCUCUUUGGAAGCGCGGGCAGCGGAGAAAUACGGGAUAGCCCCGUGCACGGCAUCUACAAACACUUCAAACCAAAUGAACACGUGUCCCUGCAGAUGCAGGUACCGCCUCACGGCAGCGGCAAAGGGCUCAGCACCUGUAUGCUCUGCAGCUUCCCGGCCCCCAACGAGAACAUCCUCAAGGAGCACAUGAAAUACGCCCAUUCCCACCUUUCCUGGGACGCGGAGGUGUACGAGGAUGAUCCCAAUCAGCCGGGAACUAGCAGAGAUGCCUACAGCCCGGCCAGACCAGGCCGGUUUGCAGAGACGGAUUAUUUCGGCAAAGCAGACCGGCUUUUCCCUCCGCCUCCCCGAGAAAGCCCAUCGCAUUACGAAGCUGUCCAAGGUUUUGCCCUGACUCACCCAAGACUCGACAAAAGCAACGGGGCUAGUAAAAAGGACUACCAGACCUCAGGGUUUCACGCCAGGAAAGCAGCUCCGUACUCUGCCCCACACAAAAACCUGGGGCUCUCCAGUUUUCCAUCGACUAAAGCUUAUUCCCAGUUUGCUCUGCAGCAGCUGAAAAAAAAAGCAGCGGCCCAGCACCUCGAAGGAGAAGGUGACGGGCUCAGGAGCCACCCGAUGGGGCUGGAGGAGCUCAGGCACAAGUGGAUGUUGGCCAACGACGCUGGGAACAUGGAAGAGGAGAUCUCCGUAAGCACAGAGAUAGAUUUGAGCGAGAACAGAGGCAUCAAACCCGUCACCAUCCCUCAAGCUGCCUUGGACCUCAAGAGGACGUUCAGAGACACCUUGAAAGCCACGGACUCUUCGAUAGCUUCGGAGGAGCAGCAGCAGCAGUUGCGGAAGAUGGUCCCCAUCGUCCUCCUGGAGGAGGUGAACCUGCACCCCAAGGCGACGAAGCGGCCCCGGGGGAAGCCGUUCAAGAAGAAAACGACGCUCCCGUCCCGGGAAUUCAUGAUGGAAGAGCCCCUUCCCUUGGAUAUGCUCCUGUUGGACGCUCCUCUGGAGGGUCCUCUGGAGCUCGAUGACCUCUUGGACUCCGACUCCCCCAUGCUGAAGAACGAGGAGAGGAAAUGUCCCUACUGCCCAGACAGGUUUCACAACGGCAUCGGGCUGGCGAACCACGUGAGGGGCCACCUCAACAGGGUGGGGGUGAGCUACAACGUCCGUCACUUCAUCUCAGCAGAAGAAGUGAAAGCUAUUGAGCAAAAAUUUUCCUUCCAAAAGAAGAAGAAAAAAGUUGCAAACUUCGACCCGAGUACUUUCAGCCUGAUGCGGUGCGAAUUCUGCGGGGCCGGUUUCGACACGCGAGCGGGUCUCUCCAGCCACGCCAGAGCCCACCUGAGAGACUUUGGUAUUACCAACUGGGAACUCACCAUCUCGCCCAUUAACAUCCUCAAGGAGCUGUUGGCCAACUCGUCGGAGCAUCCGAUGCU